AUGCCAGGAGGAUUAGUGCAUAAAACUACAGAGCGAAAAUAUCCUAUUUUGAGACCCAGAUCUAUACCAUCAAUUUUUCCAAACCUCCCUAAAUAUUUAACUUCAUCAAAUCAAAAACGAUCAGCACCAAAACCACGUGUCUCCUCAAUUUCAACUAAAAUUAAAAAAACUAUACCAAUUAAUAUUCAUAAUGACGUUAUAACACAAGAACCUGAAUUACAGUCAAUGGAGCUAGCAGACAUAAUAAAAAAAACUAUGACAUCUUUAUCGCCAGAAAUUAUUUCAGUACAUAAUUAUGCUAGUCCACAAGGUGAAUUUACAGUUGAAGAUUUACAUAGUAUUGCCAACAAAAUUGUGUUACCAGGAAAUAUGUGGGGAAUGCAUCAAAAUCCAGGAAAAUGUACAGUAUUUACCCACAUAAAUGACAAUUUUGAAAACGAUAAAAUUGUUCAUUUUUCGACAACAUGUUUACCAAACGUAAUAUUGAUUAAAAAAUGCAUGUAUUUUCCUAAAGUGAAGAGUUUUGAAGGUCUCCAAAAUUUGUUGAAUGACAUACAUAAUCUGGUUAUUUGCGUUGGUAGGAAUGAUGAUGGGAAAAGGUCUCCAGAAUAUUUGGGGAGUUUACCUUCAAAUAAUAAAAACACAAAAAUUAAAAGAUGUCCAAAAAAAUGUAAAAUUGGAAUUCAAAAAACCAAACGUCAAAACAUUCAAUUAAGAAAAAAAUCUAAAUCUUAUAGACAACAAUGCAAGAACAAAACAGAAUAA